GCACCCAGCAAGCUCCUUCAGGCUACGUUCUACUUGCUCUUCUGGUGAAAGAAGUUCACCUUAACUUCCAAAAAGAUGUCUACUCUCCUGGAAAAUAUCAUUGCCAUUAUUGACCUAUUCCAUGACUACUCAACAACAGAUAAGGAAACUGAUACACUAAGCAGAGAAGAACUGAAGGAGCUCCUGGAAAUGGAGUUUCGGCCAAUCCUGAAGAAUCCAGAUGACCCAGACACUGCUGACAUCUUCAUGCAUAUUCUUGAUUUAGACCAUGACAAGAAAAUAGACUUCUCAGAGUUUUUUCUGAUGGUAUUCAAGUUGGCUCAAGCAUAUUAUGAUUUGACCAGGAGACAGAACCCCCAAGCAUCAGAGCAAAACCAAAAAAAAUAUGCAUACCACACACAAGAUGAAGAAGAUGACAGAGAAGAAGACGAAGUAGAGGAAGAAAAAGAAGAAAGAAUUCAAAGUUCCAAUCAAGCAGGAAGAAAUGAAAGAAAAGGUAAGAAGACAAUAUCCAAGAGCCUAAAAGGAAGAAGAGGAGAGGAACAUGAACAGACACCAGACAGCUCUAGACAUGCAGGCUCCCAUGACACUAAGGGAGCCAAUUUUGGGCACCCUGACUCAGGAUCUCACCACUAUCAACCAUCCACGCAAACAAACAGAUCCAGACAAUCACAAUCCAGACAAGGAAAAUCAUCAUCUGAAUUUAGGUCAGUGAAAAACUGGGAGUCCAGUAUAAAUCAGGACAGUAACAGCGAAGGACACACGGAAGACUCUGAGAGACAAUAUGGAUUUGGCCCAGGAAACCAAGGAGAAUCUGCACAUAGCCAUGCAGAAAACAACUCUAGACACUCUGAGUCUUGUGGAGGGCAGAGAAAAAAUCAUGGACACUCAGAGUCUACCCAUAGACAGUCAGACUCUGGUACAAGAAGAAGACAAGGAUCAACUCAAGGAAACUCUACACACACCUCUAGACAAUCAGGGUUUCCUCAUAGAGAGAAUUCGUCUUGGGAAAACACUGAAUCAUUCCAUAAGCACUCAAAAUCAAGCAGAAGAGGAAGACAAGAAAACAAGCAGAGGCAGUCAGAAGAUGGAACCACACAUUCAGAAACUGGACGUAGAAAACAAUAUUCCGGGUUAAGGGCAGGGACACAAAGGGGAUCCAGUACAGAACACACCAGUGAAAAUGAAGGACAUGUGGUAAAUUCAAACACAGAUUUCUCAAAACAUCACAGAAAGUCUGGAUUAACAUCAGGAAAAGAGCACAGGCCUACACAGGAUGAGGUGGCUGACAGAUCCAGACAACCUCGGUUACAUCACAAGAAAACCAUCAAAAAGAGGCAGUCCAAAUCCACAGAACGAGAUUCAGUAUCCACCACUACGAAGAGACAAGGGCGCCACCAUCAGCAUUCACAGGACAGCUCCAGACACUCGCGAACUAGACAUGGAUCUGGUAACAGCAAACACCGGGAAUCCAGUGUCAGUCAGGCCAGCGACAGUGAAGGACAAUCACUAGACUCAGAGAGUCAGUCAGGGUCAGUCCAGGAACGGUCCAGGUCCAGUCAGAGGAGACAACGUGGCAGCAGUGCACACGGCAGUUCUGAGCACUCAGCAUCUUAUCUCUACCAGAUAGCCCCCCAAGAACACUUUGAUUCUGCCCACGGACAGUCCCAAUCCAGUACCAGGGGGAGACAAGGACCCCUCCAUGACCAGGCCCAUGACAGCUCUAGACACUCAGGCUCCCAUGAGGGUCAGGCAGCCGAUUUUGGACAUUCUGAGUCAGGAUCUCACCACCAGCAAUCGUCCACUCGGGCACAGGGCUCCAGGCCAUCGCAGUCCGGGCAGGGACAAUCGUCCUCUGAAUUCAGGCCAGUCACCAACCGGGGGUCCAGCAUUAGUCAGGACAGUGACAGUGAAGGACACACAGAGGACUCCGAGAGACAGUAUGUGUCUGGCUCAGGAAAGCAACAGGGAUCUGCCCGUGGCCAUGCAGGAGACAGCGCUAGACACUCUGAGUCUCAACAGAGGCAGAGAAGCGAUCAUGGACAGACUCAGUCUGGUCACGGACAGUCAGACACUGGUACUGGGCGAAGACAAGGAUCUAGUCAUGGGCACUCUCAAGAUACCUCUAGACUUCCAGGGUCCCAUCGUGCAGGGUCACCCGCCCGGGGACACGCUGACUCCGUCCAUGGCCGGUCAAGAUCGAGCACGGGAGGAAGACAAGAAACCCAGCAUGAGCAGUCAACAGACAGAUCCGGACACUCAGGCUCUGAACACGGACCAUUGUCCUCUGGACCCAGGACAAGCAGACAUCAGGAAUCCAGCGUGAGGGAAGGACAUUCAGAAGAUUCAGGUAGAGAAUUCCUAAAGACCCAUGGAGAUUCUGGGUCCAGUUCAAGAAACCAACGUGGGUCUACCCAUGGUCAGUCAACUGACAGAUCCACACAGUUGGGGUCACGUCAAGGGCAGACAGGCACUCACAGGCAGUCUGACCCUGCCCACCGAGACUCGGGAUCCAGCACUAGGGAAACACAAGGAAGCCGCCACGAGCAGUCAGGAGACAGAGCCAGACACGCAGGGUCACGCCAAGGACAGCAGGCCGCCCAUGGGCACCCUGACUCUGCCCACCGAGACUCGGGAUCCAGCACUAGGGAAAGACAAGGAAGCCGCCACGAGGAGUCAGGAGACAGAGCCAGACACGCAGGGUCACGCCAAGGACAGCAGGCCGCCCGUGGGCAGCCUGACUCUGCCCACCGAGACUCGGGAUCCAGCACUAGGGAAAGACAAGGAAGCCGCCACGAGCAGUCAGGAGACAGAGCCAGACACGCAGGGUCACGCCAAGGACAGCAGGCCACCCGUGGGCAGCCUGACUCUGCCCACCGAGACUCGGGAUCCAGCACUAGGGAAAGACAAGGAAGCCGCCACGAGCAGUCAGGAGACAGAGCCAGACACGCAGGGUCACAUCAAGGACAACAGGCCACCCGUGGGCAGCCUGACUCUGCCCAUCGAGACUCAGAUCUCAGCACCAUAGACAGACAAGGGCGCCACCAUCAGCAGUCACAGGACAGCUCCAGACACUCGCGAACUGGACAUGGUUCUGGUAACAGCAAACACCGGGAAUCCAGUGUCAGUCAGGCCAGCGACAGUGAAGGACAAUCACUAGACUCAGAGAGUCAGUCAGGGUCAGUCCAGGAACGGUCCAGGUCCAGUCAGAGGAGACAACGUGGCAGCAGUGCACACGGCAGUUCUGAGCACUCAGCAUCUUAUUUCUACCAGAUAGCCCCCCAAGAACACUUUGAUUCUGCCCACGGACAGUCCCAAUCCAGUACCAGGGGGAGACAAGGACCCCGCCAUGACCAGGCCCAUGACAGCUCUAGACACUCAGGCUCCCAUGAGGGUCAGGCAGCCGAUUUUGGACAUUCUGAGUCAGGAUCUCACCACCAGCAAUCGUCCACUCGGGCACAGGGCUCCAGGCCAUCGCAGUCCGGGCAGGGACAAUCGUCCUCUGAAUUCAGGCCAGUCACCAACCGGGGGUCCAGCAUUAGUCAGGACAGUGACAGUGAAGGACACACAGAGGACUCCGAGAGACAGUAUGUGUCUGGCUCAGGAAAGCAACAGGGAUCUGCCCGUGGCCAUGCAGGAGACAGCGCUAGACACUCUGAGUCUCAACAGAGGCAGAGAAGCGAUCAUGGACAGACUCAGUCUGGUCACGGACAGUCAGACACUGGUACUGGGCGAAGACAAGGAUCUAGUCAUGGGCACUCUCAAGAUACCUCUAGACUUCCAGGGUCCCAUCGUGCAGGGUCACCCGCCCGGGGACACGCUGACUCCGUCCAUGGCCGGUCAAGAUCGAGCACGGGAGGAAGACGAGAAACCCAGCAUGAGCAGUCAACAGACAGAUCCGGACACUCAGGCUCUGAACACGGACCAUUGUCCUCUGGACCCAGGACAAGCAGACAUCAGGAAUCCAGCGUGAGGGAAGGACAUUCAGAAGAUUCAGGUAGAGAAUUCCUAAAGACCCGUGGAGAUUCUGGGUCCAGUUCAAGAAACCAACGUGGGUCUACCCAUGGUCAGUCAACUGACAGAUCCACACAGUUGGGGUCACGUCAAGGGCAGACAGGCACUCACAGGCAGUCUGACCCUGCCCACCGAGACUCGGGAUCCAGCACUAGGGAAACACAAGGAAGCCGCCACGAGCGGUCAGGAGACAGAGCCAGACACGCAGGGUCACACCAAGGACAGCAGGCCACCCGUGGGCACCCUGAAUCUGCCCACCGAGACUCGAGAUCCAGCACUAGGGAAAGACAAGGAAGCCGCCACGAGCAGUCAGGAGACAGAGCCAGACACGCAGGGUCACGCCAAGGACAGCAGGCCGCCCGUGGGCAGCCUGACUCUGCCCACCGAGACUCGGGAUCCAGCACUAGGGAAAGACAAGGAAGCCGCCACGAGCAGUCAGGAGACAGAGCCAGACACGCAGGGUCACAUCAAGGACAACAGGCCACCCGUGGGCAGCCUGACUCUGCCCAUCGAGACUCAGAUCUCAGCACCAUAGACAGACAAGGGCGCCACCAUCAGCAGUCACAGGACAGCUCCAGACACUCGCGAACUGGACAUGGUUCUGGUAACAGCAAACACCGGGAAUCCAGUGUCAGUCAGGCCAGCGACAGUGAAGGACAAUCACUAGACUCAGAGAGUCAGUCAGGGUCAGUCCAGGAACGGUCCAGGUCCAGUCAGAGGAGACAACGUGGCAGCAGUGCACACGGCAGUUCUGAGCACUCAGCAUCUUAUUUCUACCAGAUAGCCCCCCAAGAACACUUUGAUUCUGCCCACGGACAGUCCCAAUCCAGUACCAGGGGGAGACAAGGACCCCGCCAUGACCAGGCCCAUGACAGCUCUAGACACUCAGGCUCCCAUGAGGGUCAGGCAGCCGAUUUUGGACAUUCUGAGUCAGGAUCUCACCACCAGCAAUCGUCCACUCGGGCACAGGGCUCCAGGCCAUCGCAGUCCGGGCAGGGACAAUCGUCCUCUGAAUUCAGGCCAGUCACCAACCGAGGGUCCAGCAUUAGUCAGGACAGUGACAGUGAAGGACACACAGAGGACUCCGAGAGACAGUAUGUGUCUGGCUCAGGAAAGCAACAGGGAUCUGCCCGUGGCCAUGCAGGAGACAGCGCUAGACACUCUGAGUCUCAACAGAGGCAGAGAAGCGAUCAUGGACAGACUCAGUCUGGUCACGGACAGUCAGACACUGGUACUGGGCGAAGACAAGGGUCUAGUCUUGGGCACUCUCAAGAUACCUCUAGACUUCCAGGAUCCCAUCGUGCAGGGUCACCCGCCCGGGGACACGCUGACUCCGUCCAUGGCCGGUCAAGAUCGAGCACGGGAGGAAGACGAGAAACCCAGCAUGAGCAGUCAACAGACAGAUCCGGACACUCAGGCUCUGAACACGGACCAUUGUCCUCUGGACCCAGGACAAGCAGACAUCAGGAAUCCAGCGUGAGGGAAGGACAUUCAGAAGAUUCAGGUAGAGAAUUCCUAAAGACCCGUGGAGAUUCUGGGUCCAGUUCAAGAAACCAACGUGGGUCUACCCAUGGUCAGUCAACUGACAGAUCCACACAGUUGGGGUCACGUCAAGGGCAGACAGGCACUCACAGGCAGUCUGACCCUGCCCACCGAGACUCGGGAUCCAGCACUAGGGAAACACAAGGAAGCCGCCACGAGCGGUCAGGAGACAGAGCCAGACACGCAGGGUCACGCCAAGGACAGCAGGCCACCCGUGGGCACCCUGAAUCUGCCCACCGAGACUCGAGAUCCAGCACUAGGGAAAGACAAGGAAGCCGCCACGAGCAGUCAGGAGACAGAGCCAGACACGCAGGGUCACGCCAAGGACAGCAGGCCGCCCGUGGGCAGCCUGACUCUGCCCACCGAGACUCGGGAUCCAGCACUAGGGAAAGACAAGGAAGCCGCCACGAGCAGUCAGGAGACAGAGCCAGACACGCAGGGUCACAUCAAGGACAGCAGGCCACCCGUGGGCAGCCUGACUCUGCCCAUCGAGACUCAGAUCUCAGCACCAUAGACAGACAAGGGCGCCACCAUCAGCAGUCACAGGACAGCUCCAGACACUCGCGAACUGGACAUGGUUCUGGUAACAGCAAACACCGGGAAUCCAGUGUCAGUCAGGCCAGCGACAGUGAAGGACAAUCACUAGACUCAGAGAGUCAGUCAGGGUCAGUCCAGGAACGGUCCAGGUCCAGUCAGAGGAGACAACGUGGCAGCAGUGCACACGGCAGUUCUGAGCACUCAGCAUCUUAUUUCUACCAGAUAGCCCCCCAAGAACACUUUGAUUCUGCCCACGGACAGUCCCAAUCCAGUACCAGGGGGAGACAAGGACCCCGCCAUGACCAGGCCCAUGACAGCUCUAGACACUCAGGCUCCCAUGAGGGUCAGGCAGCCGAUUUUGGACAUUCUGAGUCAGGAUCUCACCACCAGCAAUCGUCCACUCGGGCACAGGGCUCCAGGCCAUCGCAGUCCGGGCAGGGACAAUCGUCCUCUGAAUUCAGGCCAGUCACCAACCGAGGGUCCAGCAUUAGUCAGGACAGUGACAGUGAAGGACACACAGAGGACUCCGAGAGACAGUAUGUGUCUGGCUCAGGAAAGCAACAGGGAUCUGCCCGUGGCCAUGCAGGAGACAGCGCUAGACACUCUGAGUCUCAACAGAGGCAGAGAAGCGAUCAUGGACAGACUCAGUCUGGUCACGGACAGUCAGACACUGGUACUGGGCGAAGACAAGGGUCUAGUCUUGGGCACUCUCAAGAUACCUCUAGACUUCCAGGAUCCCAUCGUGCAGGGUCACCCGCCCGGGGACACGCUGACUCCGUCCAUGGCCGGUCAAGAUCGAGCACGGGAGGAAGACGAGAAACCCAGCAUGAGCAGUCAACAGACAGAUCCGGACACUCAGGCUCUGAACACGGACCAUUGUCCUCUGGACCCAGGACAAGCAGACAUCAGGAAUCCAGCGUGAGGGAAGGACAUUCAGAAGAUUCAGGUAGAGAAUUCCUAAAGACCCGUGGAGAUUCUGGGUCCAGUUCAAGAAACCAACGUGGGUCUACCCAUGGUCAGUCAACUGACAGAUCCACACAGUUGGGGUCACGUCAAGGGCAGACAGGCACUCACAGGCAGUCUGACCCUGCCCACCGAGACUCGGGAUCCAGCACUAGGGAAACACAAGGAAGCCGCCACGAGCGGUCAGUAGACAGAGCCAGACACGCAGGGUCACGCCAAGGACAGCAGGCCGCCCGUGGGCAGCCUGACUCUGCCCACCGAGACUCGGGAUCCAGCACUAGGGAAAGACAAGGAAGCCGCCACGAGCAGUCAGGAGACAGAGCCAGACACGCAGGGUCACGCCAAGGACAGCAGGCCGCCCGUGGGCAGCCUGACUCUGCCCACCGAGACUCGGGAUCCAGCACUAGGGAAAGACAAGGAAGCCGCCACGAGCAGUCAGGAGACAGAGCCAGACUCGCAGGGUCACGCCAAGGACAGCAGGCCACCCGUGGGCAGCCUGACUCUGCCCACCGAGACUCGGGAUCCAGCACUAGGGAAAGACAAGGAAGCCGCCACGAGCAGUCAGGAGACAGAGCCAGACACGCAGGGUCACAUCAAGGACAACAGGCCACCCGUGGGCAGCCUGACUCUGCCCAUCGAGACUCAGAUCUCAGCACCAUAGACAGACAAGGGCGCCACCAUCAGCAGUCACAGGACAGCUCCAGACACUCGCGAACUGGACAUGGAUCUGGUAACAGCAAACACCGGGAAUCCAGUGUCAGUCAGGCCAGCGACAGUGAAGGACAAUCACUAGACUCAGAGAGUCAGUCAGGGUCAGUCCAGGAACGGUCCAGGUCCAGUCAGAGGAGACAACGUGGCAGCAGUGCACACGGCAGUUCUGAGCACUCAGCAUCUUAUUUCUACCAGAUAGCCCCCCAAGAACACUUUGAUUCUGCCCACGGACAGUCCCAAUCCAGUACCAGGGGGAGACAAGGACCCCUCCAUGACCAGGCCCAUGACAGCUCUAGACACUCAGGCUCCCAUGAGGGUCAGGCAGCCGAUUUUGGACAUUCUGAGUCAGGAUCUCACCACCAGCAAUCGUCCACUCGGGCACAGGGCUCCAGGCCAUCGCAGUCCGGGCAGGGACAAUCGUCCUCUGAAUUCAGGCCAGUCACCAACCGAGGGUCCAGCAUUAGUCAGGACAGUGACAGUGAAGGACACACAGAGGACUCCGAGAGACAGUAUGUGUCUGGCUCAGGAAAGCAACAGGGAUCUGCCCGUGGCCAUGCAGGAGACAGCGCUAGACACUCUGAGUCUCAACAGAGGCAGAGAAGCGAUCAUGGACAGACUCAGUCUGGUCACGGACAGUCAGACACUGGUACUGGGCGAAGACAAGGAUCUAGUCAUGGGCACUCUCAAGAUACCUCUAGACUUCCAGGGUCCCAUCGUGCAGGGUCACCCGCCCGGGGACACGCUGACUCCGUCCAUGGCCGGUCAAGAUCGAGCACGGGAGGAAGACGAGAAACCCAGCAUGAGCAGUCAACAGACAAAUCCGGACACUCAGGCUCUGAACACGGACCAUUGUCCUCUGGACCCAGGACAAGCAGACAUCAGGAAUCCAGCAUGAGGGAAGGACAUUCAGAAGAUUCAGGUAGAGAAUUCCUAAAGACCCGUGGAGAUUCUGGGUCCAGUUCAAGAAACCAACGUGGGUCUACCCAUGGUCAGUCAACUGACAGAUCCACACAGUUGGGGUCACGUCAAGGGCAGACAGGCACUCACAGGCAGUCUGACCCUGCCCACCGAGACUCGGGAUCCAGCACUAGGGAAACACAAGGAAGCCGCCACGAGCGGUCAGUAGACAGAGCCAUACACGCAGGGUCACGCCAAGGACAGCAGGCCGCCCGUGGGCAGCCUGACUCUGCCCACCGAGACUCGGGAUCCAGCACUAGGGAAAGACAAGGAAGCCGCCACGAGCAGUCAGGAGACAGAGCCAGACACGCAGGGUCACGCCAAGGACAGCAGGCCGCCCGUGGGCAGCCUGACUCUGCCCACCGAGACUCGGGAUCCAGCACUAGGGAAAGACAAGGAAGCCGCCACGAGCAGUCAGGAGACAGAGCCAGACACGCAGGGUCACGCCAAGGACAGCAGGCCGCCCGUGGGCAGCCUGACUCUGCCCACCGAGACUCGGGAUCCAGCACUAGGGAAAGACAAGGAAGCCGCCACGAGCAGUCAGGAGACAGAGCCAGACACGCAGGGUCACAUCAAGGACAACAGGCCACCCGUGGGCAGCCUGACUCUGCCCAUCGAGACUCAGAUCUCAGCACCAUAGACAGACAAGGGCGCCACCAUCAGCAGUCACAGGACAGCUCCAGACACUCGCGAACUGGACAUGGUUCUGGUAACAGCAAACACCGGGAAUCCAGUGUCAGUCAGGCCAGCGACAGUGAAGGACAAUCACUAGACUCAGAGAGUCAGUCAGGGUCAGUCCAGGAACGGUCCAGGUCCAGUCAGAGGAGACAACGUGGCAGCAGUGCACACGGCAGUUCUGAGCACUCAGCAUCUUAUUUCUACCAGAUAGCCCCCCAAGAACACUUUGAUUCUGCCCACGGACAGUCCCAAUCCAGUACCAGGGGGAGACAAGGACCCCGCCAUGACCAGGCCCAUGACAGCUCUAGACACUCAGGCUCCCAUGAGGGUCAGGCAGCCGAUUUUGGACAUUCUGAGUCAGGAUCUCACCACCAGCAAUCGUCCACUCGGGCACAGGGCUCCAGGCCAUCGCAGUCCGGGCAGGGACAAUCGUCCUCUGAAUUCAGGCCAGUCACCAACCGGGGGUCCAGCAUUAGUCAGGACAGUGACAGUGAAGGACACACAGAGGACUCCGAGAGACAGUAUGUGUCUGGCUCAGGAAAGCAACAGGGAUCUGCCCGUGGCCAUGCAGGAGACAGCGCUGGACACUCUGAGUCUCAACAGAGGCAGAGAAGCGAUCAUGGACAGACUCAGUCUGGUCACGGACAGUCAGACACUGGUACUGGGCGAAGACAAGGGUCUAGUCUUGGGCACUCUCAAGAUACCUCUAGACUUCCAGGAUCCCAUCGUGCAGGGUCACCCGCCCGGGGACACGCUGACUCCGUCCAUGGCCGGUCAAGAUCGAGCACGGGAGGAAGACGAGAAACCCAGCAUGAGCAGUCAACAGACAGAUCCGGACACUCAGGCUCUGAACACGGACCAUUGUCCUCUGGACCCAGGACAAGCAGACAUCAGGAAUCCAGCGUGAGGGAAGGACAUUCAGAAGAUUCAGGUAGAGAAUUCCUAAAGACCCGUGGAGAUUCUGGGUCCAGUUCAAGAAACCAACGUGGGUCUACCCAUGGUCAGUCAACUGACAGAUCCACACAGUUGGGGUCACGUCAAGGGCAGACAGGCACUCACAGGCAGUCUGACCCUGCCCACCGAGACUCGGGAUCCAGCACUAGGGAAACACAAGGAAGCCGCCACGAGCGGUCAGGAGACAGAGCCAGACACGCAGGGUCACGCCAAGGACAGCAGGCCGCCCGUGGGCAGCCUGACUCUGCCCACCGAGACUCGGGAUCCAGCACUAGGGAAAGACAAGGAAGCCGCCACGAGCAGUCAGGAGACAGAGCCAGACACGCAGGGUCACGCCAAGGACAGCAGGCCGCCCGUGGGCAGCCUGACUCUGCCCACCGAGACUCGGGAUCCAGCACUAGGGAAAGACAAGGAAGCCGCCACGAGCAGUCAGGAGACAGAGCCAGACACACAGGGUCACAUCAAGGACAACAGGCCACCCGUGGGCAGCCUGACUCUGCCCAUCGAGACUCAGAUCUCAGCACCAUAGACAGACAAGGGCGCCACCAUCAGCAGUCACAGGACAGCUCCAGACACUCGCGAACUGGACAUGGUUCUGGUAACAGCAAACACCGGGAAUCCAGUGUCAGUCAGGCCAGCGACAGUGAAGGACAAUCACUAGACUCAGAGAGUCAGUCAGGGUCAGUCCAGGAACGGUCCAGGUCCAGUCAGAGGAGACAACGUGGCAGCAGUGCACACGGCAGUUCUGAGCACUCAGCAUCUUAUUUCUACCAGAUAGCCCCCCAAGAACACUUUGAUUCUGCCCACGGACAGUCCCAAUCCAGUACCAGGGGGAGACAAGGACCCCGCCAUGACCAGGCCCAUGACAGCUCUAGACACUCAGGCUCCCAUGAGGGUCAGGCAGCCGAUUUUGGACAUUCUGAGUCAGGAUCUCACCACCAGCAAUCGUCCACUCGGGCACAGGGCUCCAGGCCAUCGCAGUCCGGGCAGGGACAAUCGUCCUCUGAAUUCAGGCCAGUCACCAACCGGGGGUCCAGCAUUAGUCAGGACAGUGACAGUGAAGGACACACAGAGGACUCCGAGAGACAGUAUGUGUCUGGCUCAGGAAAGCAACAGGGAUCUGCCCGUGGCCAUGCAGGAGACAGCGCUGGACACUCUGAGUCUCAACAGAGGCAGAGAAGCGAUCAUGUACAGUGUCAGUCUGGUCACGGACAGUCAGACACUGGUAUUGGGAGAAGACAAGGGUCUAGUCAUGGGCACUCUCUAAAUACCUCCAGACAUCCAGGGAGUCUUCAGGAUCAGAGAGAAAAUCCUGGUCCGUCUGAUUCAAUGUUUGUUCAGUCAGAAUGGUAGUAGAAGUCAUGAUUCCAGCUAUGUGGAAUUCAAAGACUUCUGUGAAUAUUGAGAAGAUUCUGUGGUAUCCAGUAUAACAGAGAGGAAAAUGCACCCAGGAAUAUAUUGCCAUUCACAUGACAAUUCGCAAUGUUUGGGAUUUAUUCAGUCACAAAUUUUUAAUUAUGAUGAUAAAGUGAUAAGAAAAUAAUCCAGAUUGUAGGAAUAUGAACCCACACAUAACUUUAAAUCAAGUAAUUUCAAAAUAUACUUCCAAAAAAUAUCUCAUUUAUUUUAAGCAAGUUACACUCUUUCUUUCCUUGGUGAUAGUUUCAUUUUUCGCAUAUUUAAAUCUUUAGUUAGGAUGGGUAAUGUCCAAAAUCAGUGUCAGUAGUUUUAGAAAACUCAGUAUUUGGGGUUGUUAGUUUUCAAGCAAGGAUUUCUCUUUUGAGAGGUUAAAUUUUAGAAUCUUUGUAGAUUAUUAUAUUAAUCUUUGUCAAAAAUAUAACAUUGUCAUUCUAGAGGCCAAAGCUGCUAUGUUAAUAUCAGGGCUCGAUCCAUAUUCCUCUACUAUUCUUUAAUGGGACUCUAUAUUAUUGUGGAUUCAUUAAAUCAAAAAACUAAAUUGCAUAAAGCUUCAAAAUAAACAAUUAAGCAUA